AUGGGAUUUGAACGAUUAGUUCGUGUCAUUCAAGAAAAAACGAGUAAUUAUGAUACCGAUAUUUUUAUGCCAAUAAUUGAAGCGAAUUAUAUUCGUGCUAUUAGUUUUACUAUUGCCGAUGGACAAAUUCCUUCCAAUACAGGUGCCAGCUAUGUGAUUCGCAGAAUUCUUCGACGUGCGGUUCGUUAUGGAUAUUCGUUUUUGGAUUUCCAAACGCCUUUUAUGCAUCAAUUGGUGGGCUUGCUCGCCAUGAAUAAUGCAAAAUCUAUUUCGGGCAAAGAUGCUUUUACUUUAUAUGAUACGUAUGGAUUUCCGUUUGAUUUGACGCAAUUAAUGGCGCAAGAAGCAGGUAUUAUGGUAGAUGAAGCAGCUUUUGAAAAAGAACUUCAAAUUCAAAAAAAGGAUCGUCAGAUGCGCCGUACAAAAUUAGAGACUGAAGAUUGGGAAAUUAUUCAUCCCGAAUUGGAUGGAAAAGCUACGCAAUUCAUUGGUUAUACCGAUUUUGAAAGUAAUGCAUCCAUUGUCAAAAUUCGAAAAGUAGUCGCUAAGAAUCAAAGCUUUUAUCAAAUUGUACUAGACAAAACGCCUUUCUAUGCCAGAAAAAGUGGCAGAGAUAGUGAAAUUCAAAAGCUAGAAUCAAUGGUCAAUGCCAAAAUUCAAGCACAAAUUGACUUGAAAGAAGAGCAAAAUAUCCCAAUCGAUGAGGCAAAAAGCAGAGGCGUAAUGGCACUUUUUGGCGAAAAAUAUGGCGAAUUUGUGCGAGUUAUCACUUUUGAUGCCGCUUUUUCGCAAGAAUUAUGUGGCGGUACGCACGUGAAAAAUACAGGAGAGAUUGAGUAUUUCAAAAUUAUUUCAGAAAGUUCUAUUUCGGCGGGUGUUAGACGUAUUGAAGCGAUAACAUCACAAGCUGUUUUGGAAUUUUAUCAAGGAAAAGAAGCUCAAUUAGAGGAAAUAGCGUUGGCUAUGAAAAAUCCUCAAAAACUUUUGCCUGCUAUCCAAAACUUGAUGCAAGAAACGGCUCAACAGGAAAUUAUCAAAAAUAUAGCGACUCAAUUGCGUGCAAAACACGAUGAUGUAGCGAUUGCUUUGGUCUAUGAAGAAAAAGAAAAAUUGAAAGUAGCUAUAGCUAUUUCCGAUGCGGUUCAGUCUUCUAAGUCUUUGAUGGCUAAUCAAAUAGCAAAAGAAUUGGGGCAAGCAUUCAAUGGCGGCGGUGGCGGACGGCCAAGCUUUUCGGUGGUUACAUUGGAUAUAUCCACUUCCAAAGAAGCCUUCUCCAAAAAAUGGCUCGAACUAGUUCAAAAAUAA